AUGGGGAUGUCAUGGGACGACGUCGUAUUGAUUGAAGAAGGUAAGACUUCGGGCGACCCGACUGUGGUGACGGUGAACUGCCCAGACAAGGCUGGGCUUGGUUGUGACCUCUUACGAGUUGUACUUGAAUUUGGCCUCUAUGUCAGCCGUGGAGAUUUCUCGACCGAUGGAAAAUGGUGCUAUGUAGUGUUGUGGGUGGUCCCACAUCCAAGCUCACUGAAGAUUGAUUGGGAGAGCUUGAACAAGCGGCUUCUAUCUUGUUGCCCUUCAUUUUUGCCUGCAUUCUAUCUUAAUCAGCUCACCACUUGUUCAAAACCACCUCAACAAUACCUGUUGAAAGUUUUCUCCUUGGAUCGGAAAGGAUUAAUACAUGAUGUCACAAAGGUUCUUUGUGAGCUUGAGCUAGUCAUUCAAAGAGUUAAAGUGACGACGACCCCGGAUGGAAAGGUUCUGGAUCUAUUCUUCAUUACAGAUGGCAUGAACCUAUUACACACGAGAAUUAGAUGUGAAGAAACACGUGAGCACCUUAGUGCUGUGUUAGGGGAGUGCUGUAUUAGCUGUGAACUUCAUCUAGCUGGGCCUGAGUAUGAUAUUCAGCUAGGGCGUCCUUCUAUUUCUGAAGCAGUUGUAGAAGAAUUAUUCAGCAAUGACCUUUCUGCAGAGGAAAGCCGUUCACAGACUCUCAGUGAUGACAUAUCAAAAGUUAAGAAGGCUAAUAUAACAGUCGAUAAUCUACUUAGUCCAACACAUACCUUGCUUCAAAUAAGGUGUCUUGAUCAAAAGGGCCUUAUCUAUGACGUUUUAAAGAUUUCCAAGGACUGUGAUAUACGGAUUGUGCAUGCGAGAAUCUCUGCUUGUGUUGAAGGGUACCGGAGUUUGGAUCUAUUCAUUCAAAAAGAUGAUGGAAAAAAGAUAGAAGAUAAAGAUAACUUGGGUGCUUUAUGCUCCCGACUGAAGGAGGAGAUGCUACAUCCACUUAGAGUCGUCAUUACCAACCGUGGCCCUGAUACAGAGCUUCUGGUUGCUAAUCCGGUUGAGUUAUCUGGAAAGGGAAGGCCGCGUGUUUUCUACGAUGUCACACUUGCUCUAAAGACUCUUGGGAUAUGCGUCUUUUCGGCAGAGAUAGGAAGACACUCGACAUCAGAUCGGCAAUGGGAAGUGUAUAGGUUUCUUUUGGAUGAAACCCAGGGAUUUCCAUCAACACACAAUCAACCUAAACGGGAUAUAGUUGACAAAGUCAGAAGGACGCUUAUGGGAUGGUGAAUGAAAAGAUCAUAUGAUUUAUAUCAUCAUUCGGCUAUAUGGUCAAUUGGUCAUCCAGUAUGGAAGAUGUUUUAAUCUCAGAAACCACCUGUCUACAACUUUGUGAUGGCCAGAGUGGACAUAAUGAGAUCAAGUGUUCAGUGUGGCGUUUACACUAUGGAAGAAAAAGCUGAAGAUCGGGAUAUCUAAAAAGGGGUCCAGGAUGUGCAAUGUACAUAGCACAUUGCUUUAAAAUCUUAUGAUAAUUUGUAAUGUACAAUCAAAGCACAUAAUAUACUUGUAUUGUUAAAAGGUACUUCAUCUUCAAACUUUAAAGUCCAAGUUACACUAUUUUCGAACAAUAUUGAACCCUCGUUUUAUCAUUCA